CUAUAUAAGAGCCGGGGAAGGUAGGCACAAUCACCAUUCACCCGAAGACUUGCACUUGGAACCAAAGGCAAUAUUGUUUCAGACAUGGUAAAACUUCCCCUGAUUCUCACCUUGAUUGGGCUGAUGCAGUUGGCGGCAACACAAGCCAACAUCUACCAAGAAUUUGCCUGUGCAAAUGGCCUCGGCUAUCGCACUGGCGACUGUCCAGGAAAUGACAUUAGCUUUCAAGUGUUGAACCUGCAGGCCUGCAGUGACAAGUGUAAGGUAACCAGUUCCUGCGCGGCCUUCCUGUGGAAUGAAGCCAGUAACUGCUACAUCAAGAGUAAAAGCUGUACAAAUACAAACACUGCGAAUCCAGCCAAUCAUUUCUUUGAUAAGACUGCCACCACUUACCAAGCAUUUGCCUGUACAAAUGGCCUCGGCUAUCGUCCUGGCGACUGUCCAGGAAAUGACAUUAGCUUUCAAGUGUUGAACCUGCAGGCCUGCAGUGACAAGUGUAAGGUAACCAGCUCCUGUGCGGCCUUCCUGUGGAAUGAAGCCAGUCACUGCUACAUCAAGAGUAAAAGCUGUACAAAUACAAACACUGCGGAUCCAUCCAAUCACUUCUUUGAUAAGACUGAGAGGUGCAACGGCCACGCGGGACUCUGCAAACUCAAAUUUAACAAAGUAACAUUUCCUGGAACUCACAACUCAGGGUCGAAUAGGGUCAUGAAGUACGGUAGUGGUAUUCCCGCUUUGUCCUGCUUAUACAGGAACCAAGAUUACACUUUCACAGCCCAAUUGGAUUUUGGAAUUCGAUUUUUCGACAUUGACACUCGUGCCAAGGGAAAUACCGCUUACGCGAGUCACAACACAGCUUACGGACGAAAAUUAUGGGAGAUUAUACGAGACAUUGACAGCUGGUUGAAUAAUCCAUCGCACAGGAACGAGGUUAUUGCCAUUCGAUUCCAGGACACCACAAUGCCCUCCGGCUUCGACAGGUUCAUCCCCAUCUUCAGAGACUACUUUACUGGAGCAAACGGGAAAGUCAGCAGCAAUGCGAUGAUGGGUUGGCCGACUCUGGGAGAAGCAGUGGCACAAAAUAAGCGCGUGUUCAUUUUUAUGGUGGACAAGCUUUGUAACAGCAACUGUCGGAGGCGUUACCCCUACAUUCGCCCGGCUGAUCUUUACAGCGACACAUGGCUAGAUCUUAAGUUGACUUCAUCAUGUAGUAGCAUGCCAGAAGAUACAAGAAGAAAGUGUGCAAGCAUAAGCAACUAUUUUGUCAUUGUCUCAGCAUUUGCCACCGAAGGCCUGUGUGUCAGUGCGUUGCAGAAAAAGUGUAACCGGUACAUCAGGCCCAGUGCCAUGUCCUGUUACAACGAACUGAAGAAGCGAGGCAAGACGGUGAACUUCCUGAUGGCUGAUUACGUCAACCAAGCCAAAACCAAUGAAAAUGUCAUCACUGUCGCCAACGAACUAAAUCAGCUCAAUAUGAGAAACUAAGUUUAGUAAAAUGUCGAUUUCUUCGUUGUUUAUCAGUGUAAGAAUCACUUUCAAAUAAACGUAUUGACUGCGCAGUGCGAAAUAUGUGUUUCAAAGUGUUUU